GGCGCAGGGGGAGUGGGGGCGGGCUCUGUGCACGGGCGACGCCAGCUGGCUAGGCAAGCACAGCACGCAGAGCGGCGGCAGCGGUGACAGCAGGUGCCGGCAGCUGGCUUGGUGCUCCUCUUAUCUGCCCAUCAUGGUCAGGGGGCUGCCCAGCACUGCCAGCCUGGUGCGCUUCUGCCAGAAGCUGAACCGACUGAAGCCACUGGAGGAAUCCACCAUGGAGACAUCACUGCGGCGCUGCCUGUCCACGCUGGACCUGACCCUGCUGGGCGUGGGUGGCAUGGUAGGCUCAGGCCUCUAUGUGCUCACAGGCACUGUGGCAAAGCAGAUGGCUGGCCCUGCGGUGCUCUUGUCCUUCGCUGUGGCUGCCGUGGCUUCCUUGCUGUCAGCUCUGUGCUAUGCAGAGUUUGGGGCACGGCUGCCACGUACGGGCUCUGCCUACCUGUUCACCUAUGUGUCCAUGGGUGAGCUGUGGGCCUUCCUCAUCGGCUGGAAUGUGCUCCUCGAGUACCUCAUUGGUGGUGCAGCCGUGGCCCGUGCCUGGAGUGGCUACCUGGAUGCUAUGUUCAACCACCGCAUCCACAACUUCACCGAGGCCUAUGUUGGAACCUGGCAGGUGCCCUUGCUGGCCCACUACCCAGACUUCCUGGCUGCUGGCAUUAUAAUUUUGGCCUCUGUCUUCAUCUCCUGCGGAGCCCGAGUUUCCUCCUGGCUCAACCACACCUUCUCUGUUGUCAGCCUCGUCAUCAUCCUCUUUAUCAUCAUCCUGGGAUUUAUCCUGGCCCGCCCGCACAACUGGAGUGCUGAGGAGGGUGGCUUUGCACCUUUUGGCUUCUCUGGCAUCAUGGCUGGCACCGCCACCUGCUUCUAUGCCUUUGUGGGCUUUGAUGUCAUUGCUGCCUCCAGUGAGGAGGCCAGAAACCCAAAGCAAGCUGUGCCUGUAGCCAUUACCAUCUCACUUGGCCUGGCAGCUGGCGCCUACAUUCUUGUCUCCACCGUGCUCACCCUCAUGGUGCCUUGGCACAGCCUGGACCCUGACUCCGCACUCGCUGAUGCCUUCUACCGGCGGGGAUAUAGCUGGGCUGGCUUCAUUGUGGCAGCUGGCUCCAUCUGCGCCAUGAACACUGUCCUGCUCAGCAGUCUCUUCUCCCUGCCACGCAUCGUCUAUGCCAUGGCCGUCGAUGGGCUCUUCUUCCAGGUGUUUGCCCGAGUGCACCCCCGGACGCAGGUGCCCAUGGCCGGCAUCCUUGUGUUCGGGGGCCUCAUGACUUGCCUGGCACUGCUGCUGGAUCUGGAGGCACUGGUCCAGUUCCUGUCCAUUGGCACACUGCUGGCCUACACCUUCGUGGCCACCAGCAUUAUUGUGCUACGCUUCCAGAGGGCCCCUCCGUCCAGUUCCUCAGGCCCAGCCAGCCCUGACCCCAGCGUCAAAGAGUACCAUUCUUUCUCGGACCACAUACAGCUGGUGGGCACCGAGCAGGCCUUAGCCCCCGAGCCUGGGCAGCUGCGGCCAGCCCUAAGGCCCUACCUGGGCUUUCUAGGUAGGUACAGCCCUGGAGCUGCUGUGGCUUGGGCCCUCGGCAUCCUGGUGGCCUCGGCCAUCACCCUGGCCUGUGUACUGGUCUUCGGGGACUCAGGCCUGCACCUCCCAUACGGGGGCUACAUCCUGCUGCUCCUGCUCAGCUCUGUCAUGUUUCUGUUCAGCCUCCUCAUCCUGGGGGCUCACCAGCAACGGCGCCAGCAAGACACCUUCCAGAUCCCCAUGGUGCCCCUGACUCCAGCCCUGAGUAUCCUCCUCAACAUCUGCCUCAUGCUGAAGCUAAGCUACCUGACUUGGCUGCGCUUCUCCAUCUGGCUGCUGAUCGGGCUCGCCGUGUAUUUUGGCUAUGGCAUCUGGCACAGCAAAGAGAAUCAGCGGGAGUUGCCAGAGCUGACCACCACACGCUACGUGGUGUUCCCCAGCACCAACCUGGAGGAGACGAUACAGACUGUGCAGCCCCCCAGCCAGCUGCCCUCCCAGGAGCCCAGCCCCACGGAGUAGCCCACCAGUCCAUGAAUCGAGCUGGAGGCCUGCCCAUGCUUGCUCUGCCCUCACCCCACCUCCUCAGGAGCCCUGAGGAGCUGGGAGUCUCUUCUGUCUGAGCCAGCUCAGGUUUGCAGGCCUGCCCAUGCUGAGGGGUCCCCCAGACCUUAAAGCCUUAGCCCAAGUGCCUAGCUUUGGGUUUUGGGGAGUGGGCCGUGGCCAGUGCUGGUGUGGGGAACAUUUUGCCCAGAGCCUUACUGUUCAUGAACAACUCCAGUUACUUGGGCAGGUGGGGUGGGUUAGGGUGGGUGGGGAGGAAGCCCGCAACCCCAGAUAGCUAUAAUAAUAACCUCUUGGCCAGCCACAUGGCCUGCUGCUGUGUCCACCAUUGCAUUCUUUGUGUCACUGAGUCCUCUCCUGCCCCCAGGAACCAGGUGAUUGUCCCCAAUCCAUAGCAAAGAUGCCAAGAUUUGGCAAGAGGCGGGCACCAGCUGUGGUCAGGGACACCACUGAGCCUGAGUCCUGGGGUCCUGCCCGCAGGGCGGUGCCCUUUGCCGAGCUCAGAGGGAAGCUGCAUAUACCCCCGCACACACCAUGAGAGGAGGGAUCCAUGAAAAGGGCAGAGUCAGGCUCCCCUGCACAGGCUCCCCUGCACAGGCUCCCCACAUGUCCCCUGGUUGGGGGGCAGAUCCAGAGAGCAGAGCCUAGGUCCCAAAAAGGCCACCUAGAGAGGGCGGUGGAGUUCCAGGCCCCUCUUGGGUUCCCAGGGCUUCCAGGAAAUGUAGUCCCCAGAGAUGUAGAGGUACACUGCAUUGGCACACGAGCCUCUUAAGCAUGUGCCCACGUGGCCCACAUGGCUACCCUGGUAGUUCACACCCACAUGCAGACUGAGGCAACAGCUGUUUCCAGCUCAAGCCUGGCCACAGCUCUCCAGCUGUCACAGCUGGCACUCAUCCUCUCCCCCCACCUCUUUCCUCAAGGGCUUUGAGAGAAAGGCUACACACGUGUAUGAUAUACGCUCCCUGUAUACGGAUGCAAAAUACCUGGGCCUGUUCCAAGUACCUUUGAGUCCAUCCGGUGGCUGUGAGGCUCCAGUCCUUGGGGGGGUCGUCAGGCCCUCCCUGCCCCCUCCCACUGCUUUCAACUACCCAUUCCUGCA